CCUUCUCAAGAGGAGUGUGUCUCCCACAAGCAACCACUUUUCCUCCAGCUUUCCUUCCCCAGUGUUGGCUAACUAACUUUGUUCUGUGUUUGUUUUUUUUCUCAUGGCUGCCUCAAAUGAAGUCCAUAUUACUAUUCCUAAGAACGAAACUGACCCAGAUUGCAAGAUAACUGAUUACUCUCAAAGGGCACAAUGGCUUCGAGCCGCUGUGCUGGGAGCCAACGAUGGUUUGGUUUCGAUCGCGUCCCUAAUGAUGGGAGUCGGGGCUGUCAAAACAGAUGUCAAAGCCAUGAUCGUCAUCGGAUUUGCAGGACUAGUUGCUGGGGCUAGCAGUAUGGCCAUAGGAGAGUUUGUCUCUGUGUACUCCCAGAGGGACAUAGAGGUAGCUCAAAUGGAGAGAGAGAACGGUGGAGGGGAGGAGGAGGAGAGAGAGAAAGAACAGCUGCCGAAUCCAGUGCAGGCGGCUGCAGCAUCGGCCCUUGCCUUCACAAUAGGCGCGAUAGUGCCACUACUCGCAGCUGCUUUCAUCAGAAACCAUAAGGUGAGGCUAGGUGUGGUUGUGGCGGCAGUGAGCAUGGCGCUGGCGGCGUUUGGAGGGGUUGGAGCGGUGUUGGGGAAGACUUCUGUGGUGAGGUCUGGUACUAGGGUGGUGGUUGGAGGGUGGAUGGCCAUGGCCAUCACCUUUGGACUGACCAAGUUGAUUGGCUCAAAUGGACUGCAAAUGUGAUCCCUUGUUUCGUACUGUUUUCUGUUCAUGUUGGUGUAUGGAAUGGAAGAUCUCUUCCAUCACCUGUAGAGGGAUGGCAAACCAAAUAUUGAAAGCUAUCUCAAAGUGUAAAUUGUCAAGGCCUAGUAAAUGAUGCACUUAUUCCUAAUCCAA